AUGGUUGCGGAUGCGGUAGCGGACGAAGGGCGUGUGAAUCGCACUGCGUCGAGGAAAAUUAUACCGGCACGUGAGCGCAUCCAUGCGGACGAAUUGCAAGUCGUCUGGCAUUUUGAUGUCUGUCUUUGCUGUCUCCUUGUCUGUUAA